GACAAAUCUCGCCCCCUCCAAUACACGGGAGACGCCGUUGAAAAACGGGUGGGAAAAAACAGGCAGCGGGGACGUGUAUUUCCUGCAGUUGCCGUCGCCUUGUCGCUGCUGUCAUACCGCCAAACAUGGCAGGAGGCAAGAAGAGAGGUUCUCGUACGUCCACGUUUAACACCACAAUUAACUCCAUAUGGCAGGACAAGCACCUGGUUUUGUUCAAACCGGAGUACACAGCGCUGGUGGCGGCGGUGCUCUGGUGCGUGGAAAUCGGAAUCAACGUGUGGGUCAUUCAGAAAGUAGCGUAUACAGAGAUUGACUGGAAAGCCUACAUGGAUGAAGUUGAGGGCGUUAUUAACGGUACCUAUGACUAUACCCAGUUAAAGGGAGACACCGGGCCUUUAGUGUACCCAGCAGGAUUUGUCUACAUUUUCACUGCUCUUUACUAUGUUACGGACCGGGGGCUGAAUGUUAGACUGGCGCAGUAUUUGUUUGCUAGCUUCUAUCUUAUAACUCUUUUGUUGGUCUUCCGCAUUUAUCACCGUACAAACAAGGUCCCACCAUAUGUUUUCUUCUUUGUCUGCUGUGCGUCAUAUCGGAUCCACUCCAUUUUCGUGUUGCGACUCUUUAACGACCCUGUGGCCAUGAUGCUGCUUUUUGGAGCAGUCAACCUCAUGCUGGAUGCACACUGGACCCUGGGCUGUGCCCUCUAUAGUCUGGCCGUGUCAGUGAAGAUGAACGUGAUGCUUUUCGCUCCAGGACUCUUCUUCAUCCUUCUCUCUGAGUUUGGACUGAUGAAGACCCUUCCCAAGCUCACACUCUGUGCAAUUAUCCAGCUUGUAUUAGGUUUGCCCUUCCUCUGCGAGAAUCCUGCAGGGUACAUAAGCCGGGCGUUUGAUCUGGGCCGUCAGUUUCUGUUUAAGUGGACAGUGAACUGGCGCUUCUUGCCAGAGGACAUUUUUCUCAGCAGGUACUUCCAUCUGGUCCUGUUAUUCGCUCACCUGACUACGCUUGUCUGUUUUGCUUUAAAGAGAUGGAAGAGGCCAGGCAGCAGUAUUUGGUCUCUUUUAAAAGAUCCAUCAGAGAGGAAGCCAGUGACACAAAAUCUUCGUGCUGAUCAGAUUGUUCUCAUCUUAUUCUCAUCCAACUUUAUUGGCAUGUGCUUUUGCCGCUCGCUCCACUACCAGUUUUAUGUUUGGUACUUCCACACACUGCCCUACCUGCUAUGGAGCUGUGGAGUCAAAAAACUGGCUGACCUGCUGAGGGUGUUGAUACUGGGUCUGAUAGAGCUGUCAUGGAACACGUAUCCCUCAACCAUCUACAGCUCCUUGUCCUUGCAUGUUUGCCAUCUCAUCAUUUUGCUGUGUCUUUGGUUCAAUCCGGCCUCUUCUCCAUCGGACAUGGGCUCAGAGUCCCAUAAGGCCAAACGCCAAUAAGUGCUGCAUUACCAGCAAUUGUGUCUAUGUUCUUGCUCCAUAAAUACCUCUUGUGUGGGUGAAGGAAAGAGAAUGUUAACACUGCUGUGACCUCUGGGUUCAGAUGUUAGCGUGCAGGAAAAAGCGGGAGGAAAACAUUUUGAUUUUGAAGAUUCUUAAAGAACUACUUUUCUACAUGUAGCAUUUUACAUAAGGCUUAAAAAAACUGUGUUGCUCUGGUAUUUUGGGACAUUAACACAUUGGAACAAAGGUCUCACCUAUAGCAGCAGGUUUAGCAUUUAUUUCUUGAGGUCCUGGAAAGUUUGUUUUUCAGCCACAUUGCACCUGAUUCAGCUAAUUAGUAGUUGGAAUAUCAACUGGCUAUUGUCUGGCUUGUCAUUGUGACAUAUUGUAUAAUUUAAUGUGUUUUCAGACACUAACCUUUUGUUGUUUCAUCUUCAAAUAUAAUUUUACAUUAAAUGAGAUAUUUCCAUUGUG